ACGGCCCUGACACUUCUGAUUUAUUUCUUCGAUUCAUUUUAAUCAAAUAUUCGUCCCAUUUGUUCGACCCUUUUACCCUUCCGUUUGUCUCCGGUAUUUGCACCGUCGAGCCUCCACGACGACCGCGAGCACACCUUUUUUUGCACAGGGGCUCAUGCCUGGGACGGGCGUCACGGACCAAUCUUGCUCUCAGAAACAGUGGACUGUCCCCACCCCUAACAUGCGGCCUUUUCGAUCUUGUCAGUUUGUCACCCCCUUGGUCAACGCUUUCAUGUCAUUCAUUGGUACCCCUUCCCUUACAGGAGGGCCCGAGUUGGGAACCGAGUCUCGAGAAAAGAUUCCGAUCGAGGAAGUGUUUGAACAGCUGAAAUGUUCGAGGGAAGGAUUGACCUCCCAAGAGGGAGAAACCAGGCUCCAGAUUUUUGGCCCCAACAAGCUCGAGGAGAAAAAGGAAAGCAAAAUUCUCAAGUUUUUGGGUUUCAUGUGGAAUCCUCUCUCAUGGGUCAUGGAAGCUGCUGCUCUUAUGGCCAUUGCUUUGGCCAAUGGUGAUGGGAGACCCCCAGAUUGGCAGGACUUUGUGGGUAUUGUUUGUUUGCUUGUUAUCAACUCUACCAUCAGUUUUAUUGAAGAGAACAACGCUGGAAAUGCUGCGGCUGCUCUUAUGGCUAGCCUUGCUCCUAAAACUAAGGUGCUUAGAGAUGGAAAAUGGAGCGAGCAAGAAGCAGCAAUGUUGGUUCCGGGAGACAUCAUUAGCAUCAAAUUGGGAGACAUCAUACCAGCUGAUGCCCGUCUUCUUGAAGGUGAUCCUUUGAAGAUCGAUCAGUCUGCCCUCACUGGAGAAUCACUUCCUGUAACCAAGAACCCAGGGGAUGAAGUAUUCUCUGGUUCAACUUGCAAACAAGGUGAACUUGAAGCUGUUGUCAUUGCUACUGGUGUUCAUACCUUCUUUGGGAAGGCUGCGCAUCUUGUGGACAGCACCAACAAUGUGGGCCACUUUCAGAAAGUGCUCACUGCUAUUGGGAACUUCUGUAUCUGUUCAAUUGCCGUUGGUAUGGUCAUUGAGGUCAUAGUUAUGUAUCCCAUUCAGCACCGCAAAUACAGAGAUGGAAUUGACAACCUCUUGGUUCUCUUGAUUGGUGGCAUUCCCAUUGCUAUGCCCACUGUUUUGUCUGUGACAAUGGCCAUUGGAUCUCACAGGUUGUCUCAGCAGGGUGCCAUUACAAAGCGUAUGACUGCAAUUGAAGAAAUGGCUGGUAUGGAUGUCCUUUGCAGUGAUAAGACAGGAACGUUAACCCUCAACAAAUUGACUGUCGAUAAGAGCUUAAUUGAGGUUUUUGCAAAGGGUGUGGAAAAAGAUCAUGUUCUCCUGCUUGCUGCAAGGGCCUCUAGAACAGAGAAUCAGGAUGCCAUUGAUGCUGCCAUUGUUGGAACGCUUGCUGACCCAAAGGAGGCAAGAGCUGGUAUUCGAGAGAUGCACUUCUUCCCAUUCAAUCCCGUGGACAAGAGAACUGCUUUGACUUACAUUGAUGCUGACGGUAACUGGCACAGAUCAAGCAAAGGUGCACCCGAACAGAUCUUGACCCUCUGCAAUGCGAGUAACGAUCUUAAGAAGAAGGUUCAUUCAAUUAUUGACAAGUUUGCUGAUCGUGGGCUGCGUUCAUUAGCAGUUGCUAGACAGAAAGUACCAGAGAGAACAAAAGAAAGUCCUGGAGGUCCAUGGGAGUUUAUUGGUCUGUUAUCUCUCUUUGAUCCUCCAAGGCAUGACAGUGCAGAAACCAUCCGCAGAGCUCUAAAUCUUGGUGUAAAUGUCAAGAUGAUCACUGGUGAUCAACUUGCCAUUGCAAAAGAGACUGGCCGUAGACUUGGAAUGGGAACAAAUAUGUAUCCAUCUGCUACUUUGCUCGGACAAGACAAGGAUUCAAGCAUAGCUUCCCUUCCGGUAGAAGAACUGAUUGAGAAGGCAGAUGGGUUUGCAGGAGUGUUUCCAGAGCACAAAUAUGAAAUAGUGAAGAAGUUGCAGGAGAGGAAGCACAUUUGUGGAAUGACUGGAGAUGGUGUUAAUGACGCUCCUGCUUUAAAGAAGGCAGAUAUUGGUAUUGCUGUUGCUGAUGCUACAGACGCUGCACGGAGUGCUUCAGAUAUUGUUCUCACAGAACCUGGACUGAGUGUUAUUAUUAGUGCAGUUUUGACCAGCAGGGCUAUUUUCCAAAGGAUGAAGAACUACACUAUCUAUGCAGUCUCCAUAACAAUUCGUAUUGUGUUUGGAUUUAUGUUUAUUGCUCUGAUAUGGAAGUUUGACUUUUCUCCGUUCAUGGUUUUGAUCAUUGCCAUUCUAAAUGAUGGAACAAUUAUGACAAUCUCAAAAGAUCGAGUAAAGCCGUCUCCUCAGCCUGAUAGCUGGAAGCUAAAAGAGAUUUUUGCCACUGGAAUUGUACUUGGAGGUUACUUGGCAUUGAUGACUGUCAUAUUCUUCUGGGCAGUGCAUAAGACUGACUUCUUUACAGAUAAAUUUCAUGUGAGGAGUAUCAGGGGUAGCACAGAUGAAGAGAUGGCUGCUUUAUAUCUUCAAGUGAGCAUUGUGAGUCAGGCUCUGAUUUUUGUGACCAGGUCACGCAGCUGGUCCUUUGUGGAGCGCCCUGGACUAUUGUUGGUUUCUGCUUUCUUAAUUGCACAGCUGGUUGCAACUCUGAUUGCUGUAUAUGCUAACUGGGAAUUCGCAAAAAUUAAAGGAAUUGGGUGGGGAUGGGCUGGUGUCAUAUGGCUCUACAGUAUUGUUUUCUAUAUUCCUCUUGAUUUUUUCAAGUUUGCCAUCCGUUACAUCUUAAGUGGAAAAGCCUGGAACAACUUGCUAGAAAACAAGACUGCCUUCACCACCAAGAAAGACUAUGGAAAAGAGGAAAGGGAAGCUCAAUGGGCCGCUGCUCAAAGGACUUUGCAUGGGCUUCAGCCACCAGAGACUACUUCUCUCUUCCAUGAGAAGAACAGCUACAGAGAAUUGUCUGAGAUUGCAGAGCAGGCCAAGAGGCGAGCUGAAGUUGCAAGGCUUCGGGAGCUUCACACUCUCAAGGGACAUGUGGAGUCAGUGGUGAAGCUGAAGGGGCUCGACAUUGAGACAAUCCAGCAGCACUAUACAGUGUAGAAACCAACACUGCUCAAGAGGGCGAAGUGCUGCAAUUGAAUGACAUAAGAAGAUCGAGACAUAAAAGUCUUAAUUAGUUUAUUAAACUUUCUUGAUAAGGAGAACAUGUUUAUGAUAUACUUCUCCUAUCCAGUUUCCUUUUCCUUAUGUACUCCCCAUUUGAGAAGAAAGGGUUUGUAUGGUUCUUGCUACACGCAGGAGCACUCAUAUUUCAGUACUCUUCUAGUUUUUUAAUCAACUUUUCCCAUAAUU